AUGGUGAUGUCAGCUGCUGGAGAACGCGCCAAGCGCUGUGCGAAGCAAGAAGGUAUGAAGUGCGAGCAUGCUGAGCGCCAAGUCUCUGGAGACGCUCCACUAAGGUCUCCUCUGCUGAGUGGUAACGGCAACCAGUCAGCAGUCCUCGCCAGAAUGGGUGGCGACGAGGGCCAGGCUGGAGACCAUGUAGAUAAGCAGAGCUUCAACCACUCAAGGAAACCCACAGCCCCAUCAAGCCACGAAACCCAGGAAACCGGAAGCGCCGCGUUCAACUUGGAGUCUCCAUCUUCUUCCGAGUCUUUUGACUUGCGCCCCCAGCCAUGUCUGCCCCUCCAGGCCCACAAUUCUUUCUCCAACCCCCAGUCCCCGGACGCUUUCUCUACCCCCCAAUUCUCGAGCCCUUCCUCCCCGAGCAACUGGGGCUUCCCAUCGUCUAUUGCUGGCGGGCCCCUCCCCUUUGAUGCGAGCAUGUGGCGGGGAAAACGGGCCUGGGAAGAGGGCGCCUACUUCGGGAGCCAGAACUGGGCAGACGAACGGAAGAAGAAGCUUUUGCUAGACGAACGGGGAGAGACCGGAUCUGGAGCGAGAUCCGUAAACCCCUUCGAGCUGGGCUCUGGAUCUUCCCUUUUCGGGGGACUUUGGAGCUCCUCCCUUCUGUCUGGCACCCAACCCGCUGCUCGCGACUCACCAGGCAAGAGUGUGACAGUGGAAGGACCAGAGUCCGAUGCUGACGUGGAACCGUUGGCACCCGGAGCUCGAACCCCUCCCGCGGCGUCCCCCGAGUCCAAAGAGCCCGUCCAGAGCAGUCGCCCAUUCUCAUAUGCGGGCGUCCUCGCAAGUGGGCUCGACUGGGUCACCGCCCACGUGGGCCAGACCCCAAUCGGAAGCGCCCACGUGGCAGAAACUACGGAACACGUGGCUCGCGUCGCAGAAUCCGCCGACAAGGAAGAAAGCCCCCGGCUUAGCCAACCUGCCCACGUGGUGGAGUCUGCGCACGUGGCGUCGUUGAUCUCGGAAGGACUCAGAGGCAAGGGAGCGACGCGGCGUCUUGUCUCGCAAGAGGAGCGGACGGAAGGAGGAGAAGCGUCGGAAGGGCCUGAUCACUCCUCGAAGCGCUUGAAAGCUGACGUGGGCAAUGAGGGGGGGGGAGCGAAGGCGACCAACCAAGAGGUGGCGAAGCUGAGGACGGUCGCCUUUCACGUGGUCCUGCCGGAGGAGGUCGCCCAAGGCCAGGGAGGUUUCUUCUUCGAAGUCUUUGCAGUCGGGUCUCUCUUCACCGAGGAGAAUGGCCGGCCCCUCCGAGUGCCGUUAUUCGUAGCCCCCUACGAACGCACGCUCUGGUCUUCGGACCGGGUACGGGUGCGCGGGGCGGGCGACCAGUCACGCCUCCGGUUCAACUUCGUGGUCGCCCGGAAGCGCGGCGGAUUCCAGCACGUUUUCUCAAAGGCAGAGGAGGAGAGGGUCUCGCGGGGCGGGUAUCGGCUGCAGCCGGGGCGGCACCAGUUCUGCUUCGCCGAGGGGCUGCUCCUGGAGCGACACGUGGCGGCCCAGCUGCCCACCAACGCGGACGCGGCACUGACGUACGCGGGCAUGCUGCUUGGCGAACUGCUCGACGGCCAGGGUUUGCCGGAGGUUCUCGACGAGCUGCGCGGGCUCCAUGCGCAGAUCUGCAACGCGCCCUGGUUCAGCGCGAGCGUCGCCGCAUCGAUUGCAGAGGGACUGGUCGAUCUCUACGACUCUUGCGAACCGGAAGCCCCCGCCCCCGAGCCCCAAGACGCGCGCGCACGCGUUUACCUCUGCGUUGCCGCGUGCGUCAUCUUCGGACGGGCCCUGGACCUCCAAAGCCGUCCGUGGCGGUCCGUAUCCUCUGCGUCGGCCGCGUCCAACCGGGCGCUGGGCGGCCGCGUCAUGGCGACGCUGCAGGGCCUCGCUGACGCCAGCGGUGACGUGGCGCUGACGUCAGCGGUCAGGGAGGCGCUGCGCCCAAUCCCCGCCCUGCUCGUGCGGGCGACCGCCCCGGCAUCCGAUUGGCUGCGCCACCUCCCGGGACUGGCCGCUGCGGACGCCGAGCUCCGCUUCCUUGCGGACGUCCGAGAAGGCGCGCCCACGGACGGAGACCAGUUCUGCGCCGACGUGCGAGCCGCGCUGCCGUUUCUUGCGUCCUGCUCGGGGGACGACUUCCCGCUGAUCGUCGGCCGGGUGAUUGUUUCCGCACCGUGCGCGGCGGCUCUGUUGGAAGUUCUCCAGAUGCCUCGGGUAGGCGAGUGUGAAAAGCCGAUCGCAAAACACGUGUCGCGGCGUCUCGCGGCGCUGCUCCAGACGCGGGGGGCCGUUGGGAUCGACCGGGCGCUUUUACACCUGUGCCAGAAGCUGGCACCGCUCGCGCAGCACCCGGGACUGAUCGAGGCGCUGCGGGGCCACGUGAUCCGUAGCGCGAAAGGGCCCGCCGAGUGGUCGCCGGAAAACCUGCAAACCCUCUCGAAGCUCGUCUUCACGAAAGAGCUGUUCGCGGCGAAGAAACCGGCCGUGGCGCUUCUGCGGAGUAUCGCGCAGUCUGGGGCUCGAGAGCCGCUGGAUCUGCUGCCCGGUUUGCUCUCCCGGGUGCUUUCUCUGGACAAAGACAGCGGUGACAACAACGGAACGGGGCCGGCCGGAAACGGAACGCGGGAUGCGCGGGUUCUGGCGGCUGCCGUGGAAGCCGCGUGCUUGGCAUACGUUUCAGGGACAAUCGACCGAGCGACGCAGACGCCCCUAAGCGCUUUUGAGAAAACUGAAGAGCUGAAGCGGCAAGUCAAGCAACUGGAGUCGGAAGAGUGGGGCCCGGUGGUGGAGCGCCUGUCCGAGCACGCCGCCAAGCUGGCGUCCGACUUCGCACCGUCGGACGUCCUCAAGUGCGCUGGCGAAGGGCGACCGGAGACUGCUGACGCCUUCUAUGGGGUCGCCCGCACCGCCGUGGCCUCGUUCGCGGAGGACCUGGACAAGGCGGCGGCCGCGGUGCGGCUGCUGACGUCAGCGAGGGAGGAUGGUUCGGUCCAAGUGGCCUCAAGGCAAGCAGAGGAGCUAGUCGUCCACCUCUUGGAUUUCGUCCGUCCCCUCUGUUCCGCUCUCGGCAGCGCCGCAGCGGUGUACUGCGCGGAACUCUGGCCCCUCUGCGCGUCAGCAGCGGAAUGCGAUGCGGUGAAGAGCCACCCUCUGGUGAAGGAAGCAGGGGAGGCUGUCCGGAAAGCGUCCGCCGGAAUGGCGGACGGAACGAUCGCUGUCCGAGAGCUGAGGAACGUGCUGGCGGUGCCGGAAGAGCGCAUCGCGGCCGCGUUUCGCGCGGCCGGCUGCGGCGAAAGUCACCAGGAUCUCAGUUCUCUGCGGACCGCCCUCGCCAACUACGAGCGCCGCCUCGACGUCGUCGGCUCCACCCUGCGCACCUUCUUCGCGCCGCUGCGCCCCACCGACCUCAAACUCUACCGAGAUGACGUCAUCACCAAAGCGACGCUCUUCUCGACCGGAAUCUUGACCCUGGACUCGAUUCGAAGCGCCCAGGAGUGGGAGCUGCACCGGCCGAUUCUGGACUGCCUUCCCCUCCUGACCCCCCUGGCCGACUUCAAAACCUUCCCGAACUUCCUGAAGCCCGCCGAAUCGAAAACCUUCCCAAACUUCCUAAACCCCGCGGCCGCGGACCGCACCGUCGCGGCCGCGGCCCGGGAGCUCCUACCGACCGCGAUUGGCGCGUUUGAGGAGCGGUGGCGCGCGCACUUUGAGGGGAAGGAUUUGCCGCUGGCCCAAGUGGAGGAGCUCUGGCAGGGCGUUCCGGUGGCAGAAGUUGAGGCGGAGUUCCGGCGCGCGGCCGAGCGGAACGGCUGGCCCGGCGACUGCGACGCGCUCGCGCUCGGGCCGGCCGCCGUGCGCGCGUUCCUGCAGGCGGCGCGGCUGCAGGAGCUGGCGGAAGAGCUGCUGGCGGUCGCGCGACUGUUCGAACUAGAUGGCGACUUUUUCCUGGAGGCCGCGCAGCGGUGCAAGCAGGUGUUUGCGGAUGACGUGGCAGAGCUGACGCUGUCCGGCCUGGCCGGGGCUCUCUACCAGCUGGAAGGCGUGGCCGGAGACAUGCGCGAGGACGUGCGGGAUGCGCUCGGGGAACUGUCCCGGGGGGAGACGCUGGUCUCGUUUCUGAGAGAAGCCGGGGGCGAGGAUCUGAGGCUGAUGAUCGACGCAGUUGAGGAGCACUCGGGGGAGAUCAUCCGGGAGGCCACGGUUUCCGACUUGAUCGAAGUCCACCAACGGUUCAUGCGCGGGCUGCUCAAGAGUGCCCGGGGCAAGACCCUGGGUGAGUUCUUAAACACGGUGGAUGAGCUGCUUGCCGGGAGUGAGGGGGGCAUGGUCGCAAAGCUGCACGAGUGUGUGGAAAACGCGUGGGGGCUCCAGAGGCUGUACAGAAACGUGGCCAACCGGGGAGAGCUUACGCUGGAAGGGGUAGCCGCAGCCAUGGACGCGGGGGAGCUGCAACUAGGGGUGGACAAAACCCGGGGCCCGGAGUGCGUGCUCAGCGUUUCCUACCCCAGCGCUCGCGGCAAAACGGUGUGCAGCAGCGCCGAGAUCGGCGACCUCCGCAGCCGCGCGCUGCUCCUCGUCAACGCGGGCGCGCUCGCCACGCGGCCGCGCUUCGAUGACGUCAGCGGCGACGUGCGCGCGCUCCUGACGCGCUUCAUCGCGCAGGCCGACGCCGCGCAGCAGCUGGCCGCGACGGCGGCCGCGCUCGCGGCCGCGGGCCACUUCGAGUUCCGCUCCUGGGCGCUCACAGCCCGGUUCGCGGACCUGGACCUCGUGCGGACGCUCGAGGGGCUCCGCGGCCGGCUGUCUGAAUGGAAGGCCGCCCUCGCGGCCUCGCGCGAGGAGUUUUACGAGCUCAACUUCUGCGCGUCCCACCAGCUGGGGCCACUGUGGGACCUGCUCACGGGGACAGCGGAAGCGGAAGCGGAGCGCCACGCACGUGACCUGCUGACGUGGAUUCACCCGAGCGCCGAAGACCGAGCGCUUAAGCGAACCCUACAAAAGCUGCCCACUGAGCCCGGGGAUAGGCUUCGCCUCCUUGGGGGUGCUCUGAGGAGCGCCUUCCAGGGCCUGAACCGCCCCCGACGGCCGUUUGGACUUGGCGGAGGCAGCGCCUUUCCGGCGGAUUCCGUUUCGCCUGGGGAGGUCUUCGUGGGCGCCGUCGAUGAGCCAGGCCAAGUGUUGACAGCUGUCAUGUCGCUGUACUUGGACCAGGGCCAGCUGCCGCAGCCGUCGGACGUCCUGCUGUGCGACGCUCGGACGUCCUGGGAGGAGGCGCACCUGCUGCUGCUCCGCUGCUUCCGGUUCCGCUGGACCGGUUCCGCCGACGAUCCGCUCUUCUGCGUCGCCUUCGCGGACCAGCUCGACUUCACGUGCCACACGCUGCUGGCUCAGGAGCUCCAGAAGGCGGCGAAAACGACCGACGUCAGCCGUUUCAAGCUCGCAAUCAUCGUCUCGGGUGACCGCAAACGGCAGAGCUUUGGGGUGCCGGUGCGGAGUAUGGUUGGGAAGCUGACGUCAGAGGAGCUGAAGCCGCUGCUGGGGGCGGUGCCGGACCUGCCGGAGGUGGUCGUGGUGACGUCAGACAGGCCCGGGGUCGGCAAGACGGAGACGAUCCGACAGCUGGCGGCUCAGAAGGGUGCUUCCCUCCACUGCCUGUCCGUGACCGGCGCCGCCUCGCGCACCCAGAUCAUCGCCCGGCUCCAAGCCCUGGGCCCCGGCGCAACCGGCUGCCUCCACGCUGACGUCAGCACCCUCGACGACCCCGCCCACGUCAGCAACGCCCUCUUCGAGCUGCUCAUCCUGGGCUCCCUCAGCUGCACGACCGCCGGCGUCUACCGCGCCGGAUUCCGUUCCGUUUUCGUCGAGCUCGCGAACGACAUGCGGAACCGGCUGUUCGAAGACUUGCCCAUCUGCCACUGGUUCCGCCGGGAGCACCUGACCUGGGACUUGACCAACCUCCGCGUCAGCGAUGACGUCAGCAGCCCGGUACGGACCGUGUGCGUGUACCUGCACGCGCUCGAGAGCGGGCGCGUCGACCGCGACGACCUCAUCCUCUCGGGCGCCUGCCGGGACGCGGCGCCUCUUCCGGCCGACACGUGUCAGGACCUCCUGCAGCGCCACUUUCUGGCGCACGUGGCCGCGCCGUCGUUCUCCCUCCUCAACACGUUCCUGAACGUUCUAGCCGCCCAGCUCGGACACCUGUCGGACAGCGUCUUCUUCAAGUCCGGCGUCCUUGCGGACAUGGGCGCCCCCAGAAACGUCCGCUCGCUCCUCGUCCAAUCACUGGUCGCCGUGGCACGGGACUUUGCGCUGCGCGCGGUGCGCCCCUCCGGCACAGCGGCCGCGAGCGCGGCAUCUGGGGGCACGGCGGAGCGGCUGGCGACACGUGUCCAGGACAUGAUUCAAUGGCGGCAGAGCAACCAUCUGUUGGUCAUUUUCCACUCCCAAGACCCGAACACCGUAACCGCGCUUUACCGAGACGUAACCCAAGUUCCGCUCGAGAUCCAACGCCUGUUCAACAGCCAGACGUUCGGCCAGGCCCGUCUCCCCGACUACCGAACGCUGCCGAUCGACGAGCUCCACGAGCGGCUGGAGAGAGUGGUGAGAACUAGGCACGGCGAGCUGAACCUGCCCCCGUACGCGCUAACCGCGGACAACCUUCUCAAGAUGACGCUGAUCUCCCUCAGAAUCCGCGCGCGCGUGCCGGUGGUCAUCAUGGGCGAGACGGGGUGCGGGAAAACGAGCCUGAUCUCGUACCUCGCCCGGGUCGUGGAAGUUCCGUUCCGCUGCCUGAACAUCCACGCCGGAACGACGGAAGAGGACAUCCUCGAGUUCGUGGGCGACUGCUGCGAGGCCGCGGCCGCUGGCGGCGAGGUUUGGGGCCUGCUCGACGAAGUGAACACGUGUCAGCACCUGGGGCUCCUGAACGAUUUGGUCUGUCACCGCUCCCUGGACGGCAUAUCCCUCCCGGUUAACCUAACCCUGUUGGCGACCUGUAACCCGUACCGGUUGAGGGGUGAGCCCAGCCAAGCGCCGGCGGGGUUGGCUAACCAGCGGGUUAAGGACGACCAGUCGCGGUUAGUGUACCGGGUUAACGAGCUGCCUGAGGCGAUGCUGGACUGGACGUGGGACUACGGUUCGCUUAACCCGGCGGAUGAGCGGCUGUACAUUUCGAAGAUGGUCUCCGGACGGUUCGAACGGUCCGUCCCGCUCGGACGGUCCGAACUCUUGGUGGACCUGCUGGCGACGUCCCAGGCGUACGUCCGGACGGAGGAAAAGGACAGCUGCGUCAGCCUCCGUGACGUCAGCCGCUGGCUGACGCUUCAGCGGUGGUUCUCGCAAAGCCUGACGGACCGCCCACCUAGCGAGAAGAAGCGGCGGCGCGUCCGGAAAGCGGAGUCCGUGCUCGGGGCAGUCGGGUCCGUCGUCCGGAAAGUGCUGAAUGCCGACCGGGGCAACGAACCGGGCGCCCAGAUCGAGCUCCGGUCCGUGGUUUUGGCGCUCGCGCACUGCUACUACUGCCGCCUCCCAUCAGACGAGCAGCGGCGGCGCUUCCGGGAGCUCGUGAGGGGGACAUUCGCCCGGCACGGAGUCACUCUGGGAGAGGGGGAGUUCGAGGACAUUUUACGGGGGGAGCAGAUGGACUACUUGGAUAGGAUGGCGCUGCCCCCCGGGACGGCGAAAAACGCGGCGCUGCGCGAGAACGUGUUCGUGACGCUGGUGUGCGUGCUGACGCGCAUCCCGGUGUUCAUGAUUGGGAAGCCGGGGUGCAGCAAGUCGCUCUGCAUGCAGCUCAUCAACAGCAAUUUGCGAGGCCCGGACUCCAGCGACCCCUUCUUCCAGAAGCUCCCUCAGGUCUACGUCAUGUCGUACCAAGGCUCAGAGUCCUCGACCUCUGAGGGGAUCAGAAAGGUGUUCGAGAAGGCGCGCGCAUACAAGGCGCGCAACAAGAGCGAGGACGUGCUGCCGGUGGUGCUGCUAGACGAAGUGGGCCUCGCGGAGGUAUCGCGCCACAACCCGCUCAAGGUCUUGCACAGCAUAUUGGACCCCCCGGGGGCAGCCCCCGGUGCCCUCCUCGACGUGGCCGUAGUUGGCAUCAGCAACUGGGAGCUCGACCCGGCCAAGAUGAACCGGGCGAUCCACCUCUCGCGCCCCGAGCCCACAGUCACCGACCUCUACGAAACCGCCCGGUCAAUCCUGGAGGCCUAUUUGGAGACUUCCGGGGAGGCCCUCAGCGCGCCGUUCGACGCGCAGCUGCGCGCGCUCGCGCGCGCGUACCAUGGGUACGAGGCCCGCCAGCCGAGGCCCCAUUUCCACGGCCUGCGCGACUUUUACUCGCUCAUAAAGUGCCUGCGCGGCCGCGUACAGGGCCCGUUGACCCCGGCCGACAUCGUCGCCGCGCUGGGGCGCAACUUCGGCGGGAACCUGGACCCGGGGGAGGAGUCGGUGGAGCAGAUCUUCCUGCGGGAACAGGGCCUCGGGGGCCCGGUGGGGGAUCCCCCGGGCGUUCUGGAGCUGGUGGGCGAGAACCUGAGGGACGAGCAAGCGCGGCAUCUGAUGAUCAUCACGAACGGCGACGCGGGUCUCGGGAUUUUGGAGCAGUUUGUUGGGGUGGCCGGCGCGGUGAAGCUGUUUGGGAGCGCGUAUGCUGAGGACCAGAGCGAGGAGUACAGCUACCGGGUGCUCAGCAAGAUCAUCUCUUGCAUGGAGAUUGGCAGCACGCUGAUCCUCAAGGGCAUGGAGCCGGUGUACGGCAGCCUAUACGACAUGCUGAACCAGAAUUACUCCAUCGUCGGCACCAAGCGCAACUGCCGCGUCGCGCUCGGCGCCUUCAGCUCGCCCAUGUGCCACGUGUCCCCGCGCUUCCGGUGCAUCGUCCUCGUCGACGAGCGCGCGCUCGCGCAGUGCGACCCGCCGUUCCUGAACCGCUUCGAAAAGCACCACCUCACGUACCAGAGGGUAUUAACACCGGCGCUCACCGCGGCUGUGGCGGAGCUGCACAACUGGGCGGUGGGAAUGGCCACCGCGUACGCGCCCGGGGGGGAGCUCGCGCCGUUCGAUGAGAAUGACGUCUUCUGCGGGCUGCACGGGGAUACCUUACCAUCCCUGGUGCUGCACCAUAGUGCGGAGAGAGGGACGGAAGGUGUCGAGACCGUCUUGGAAAGGUGCAAGCGCGACCUGGUCCGCAUCGCCACAGCGGACGGCAUGCUGCGCAGCCUGGACUCGGCGCUCUCCAAGAUGGACCCCGCUGAGGCGCAGCGCUGGUUCUCUACCUACUUCGACGAGCAGAGCCACGGCGAUCUGCCGGCGUAUCUAACCGCGGAGCUGGCGGACGUUCCGCCGGAAGGGCAGUCCGGCUUGCGGGCCAUCGUGAUGACAUACUCGAGCGUUCACACAGACGUGCGCGCAAUCCUAGAGAGCCGCUUUGACGUACAGGUCGAGCAGCUGAGCGCGUUCACCGCGGAGCGCCACCUGGCCGCACGCGUGGACCACUUCUGGACGUCCGACGCGGCGCUGCUCGUCCUCCAGGGCGAGGCACGUGCCGACCGCGCGCACAUCCAGCUGGCAAAGUUCCUCGUCGACGAGCACGCGGCCGCGCGCUCCGCGACCGCGCCCGCCGCGGCCGCGCAGAAGCACGUGGUGCUGGUGAUCCACAUGGAGAGGGCCGCCAAGACGGGCGCGCAAGGGUUCCGGGGGUUUAGCUUCCUGUGCGGCUGGCGGCAGGCGGCCGUGGACUGUUUGGAGCCGUCGGAGAAUUCUGUCAGGGCCCUGUGCCGAGGCAGCCUGGUCGACUUGCUCCAAUCCCCGGGCUGCCCCUUCGCCUCCGUCGCGCGCCGCAAGCUGUACGAGGCCUUCUUGUGCAUCAAGUACGACAACACCAACGCGUCCGCAGCGCACGUCCGCACCAUGGUGGCGUCCGUGUCCGGCGACGCGGACCUCCUGCGCGCGCUCGGCGCGCGCGCGGUCGACUGGCUGCGCGCGAACGGCGACGCCAUUGGCUGGCAGCGCCACGUGGCGUGCAGCCAGCGCGCGCUGCUGACGUCGCCGUCGCUGCGGGAGGCCCUGUUGAAGCGGGUGGAGGACAGCGUGCACCGCCCCUUGGCCAUGCUUCUGUGCGCCCUCGAGCGGAACGGGGCCCUCGCCGGCUACUUCCACGCGCCGCCGGAGGUGAAGGCCGCGUGGCUGGAUCUGAUCCUGGACGAGCGCGCGCUAAACCUCGAAACCCUGCCCGAGCCGCGCGGCCUCGAGUGCUACGCGCUCCCGCCGCGCCUGCCGUUGGCGCUGCCCUUCAGCGGGCUCUACUGCAAGGCCGUCGAGGAGCUGCGGACGCUGUACGAGUCGGAGCGGACGCAGGAUGCGGACGGUCCGGUUUCUGGUCCGAGGGCGACCGAUCCGGGCAAACUCCUGGUCGCGGUCGCCAAUUCGGUGCCCGGGACGCUGGCCCGGGUGGUCGAAGAUUACUUCCCCCAGUACGUGCUUGACUUCGUGUGCCUGCAAGCUCCCCCGGUCGAUGGCCUUUCCCCCGAGCAGGCUCGCCAGGCCUUCCUCUGGCUGCUGGAGCAGUCGGCAGAGAUCCCCGGGCACCCGGUAGCCCUGCACGCCGCCUGCUGGGAGCUCGAGACCGCCAUCGCCGAGCGAUUGAAUCUGCUCGGGGCGUGCAACCGGGCGCUCAGCUUCCAAGAGCUUCUCGGAAAGUGGGACGGAACCCGUCGCCGGGAACAGCCGCUGGAAUCACUCGACGCGUUCUUGCUGGGGGCGUUCAGCGAGGCGCUUCUGCCGGACGAGCGCGUGCUCGCGCGGCUUGGGGGUUUGGAGGCUUGGCUGGCGGCCGCCAGCAGGGUCUUGCGGCGGAUCGCGGCCAUGGGCGCGGCGCGCGGCCGCGCGCUCGAGGGGUGGCGCGCGCUCCUGACGCUGAUGCGCGACUUCAUCUCGGUCGUCGCGCUUCCGUUCGAAGGCGAAGAGACGCGCGCGGCACUGCGCGAGCUGCUCCAAAUCGCGCGCACGAGGGGCGCGGACCUGCUGACGCAAGCGGAGGGCCUGGACCAGAUUCAGCACGUGCUCACCCGUCUGCGGGAAAGUGUCACGGCCGGGACGCGCUUCGAAGACUCCGUGGAUCGUUUCUGGGCGCUAGUGCUCGGCGCGAGCCUCUCGGACAAACGAACGAGUCCACUCGUUGCGCGGUUCAUCUGUAAGGCCGGUCGUUUCAACCGGUUCCUGAAGCCCGUGCUGGAGCGCCUGCUGACGGUGGCCGGGGAAAAGGUGGACCUGCCCGGGACGCUUCUGCUAGACGACGGGGGAUCCGCUGUUCCGCUCUGCCUGAAAGUUUUGGAAGACGCACUCAGAGAGCAGAGGACGUGGACAGAUGACGUGGACGGCCCUCUCGAAGCGCUCGUCUGUGACGUCAUGCAAGGAGCGCUGUUCGGCUCGCUGGGUCCCGAAGCCGUGCUCGUGGCAAAGGAGGUUGGGGGUGACGUGGCAACUUCAGAAGCCGACGGGUGGAAGGUUGGAAGGCUCAUCCCCUUGCUGACGUCAGCGGGAAGGCUGUUCCGCGCCGGAGCCGAUGCUCACGGCAUCCUGCGCCACCUGUGCGCGGCCGCCUUUCUGCGCGCGCUUUUGGGCGCGUUCGCGGCGGCGGCCGCUCACACCAGAGAUCGGGACGCCUGGACCGUCGAUGUCGAGCAACUAGAGGAGCGGGUUGUGACUGCGCUGGGGCGGGAGCUUCCCGCGGGCGCGCCCGGCACCGACGCCCUCCUGGUGUUUAUCCUGAAGACGCUCCGGCAGCGCUUUUCGCUCCAGUCCGUCGGCGAGAUCAUCGAACGGCUGGGGGACAAAGUACCGAGCGACUCUUUUCAAGAAACCCUGCGUUCGCUCUCCUGGAGGAGCGCAGCUGGCGCGGAGAAGGCCCUCGGUUUCGACCCGUUUCAGCCGCGCAGCGAAGACGUUUCCGCGGUGUUCGAUAGAGUGAGCGCCAGUCUCGAGCUCGCCGCAGCGCGCAACAACGCAGAGGACGUCAACGCGCUGGUGAAAGAGAGCGCCGCAGACCCCUCCAUCCAGCUUGGACUUCUCUACGGCGUCGCGUCUUCUCUCUACGUCCAAAGAGCCGCAGGCGACCUCGGGCGGCCGCGUGAGCGCGCGGCCGCCGCUCUCAAGUCCGCGGUCCGAAGGGGCGACCUGCCGGGCAGCGUCGCGCGCGGGCUGGUCGCCCUCGCGGACAACGCCUUCUCCACCGGCAGAGACAGCGUCCUGUUCAUGCGUCCCGACGGCGACGCCUCCGGACAGCACCUCGCGGCCGCGUGCGCGCACCUCGCGCUGGUCCUGGCGCCGAACCCGCGCGUCCAAACCCCCUUCGACCAGUACGCGAAACGCCCAGCCGCGGCCGCGGCGCACUUCUUCGUUGCGGGCGCGGCCGACAUGGAGGCGGUCGCCGGGAACCUCUUGCGACGGCGCGAGGCGCUGACGAGCUACCGGUGCGCGUGCGGGGCGCUGUUCUUUGUGGGGAACUGCGGGGCCAUCAAUGACAUAGCCCAGUGCCCCGACUGCCGUAACCAGAUUGGUAGAGGGUACCAUGAAGCGUUCAACCCGGGCGGGGGGCUGCAGAGGCUGGACGGACAGCCGACGAUGGCUGCGGGGGGCGAAAGAACGGAGCGCCCGGGUUAUCUGCAAGAGACGCCCGAGAGCGUGUCUUCUCUCUCGCACACCGUCCGGAACCUUUCCCCGGUCGCUUUCCGCAUGCUCCACUUCCUCACCCACUCCGCCCUUCUAGUCGGCUCUGAGCUCGGUUUUCAUUCCCCGGGGGAGCUCUCCGGUCUAGUUCUCGGAAACCGCUCAGCGGAGGAUGACGGCAAGGCACGUGAUCUGGUGCAGCGCCACGUGUGCAACGACUGGCGCCUCCUGCGGCAGCAGCUGGCGUGUGACGUGCAGCAGGCGUCGGCGGUCGUGCAUUCCGUCCUCAGCUCCCUGGGGGAGGCUAUCAGCGGAACGGCGGACAGCGGACUCUCCGAACUUCCCGGCCAGCUCACCGUGCCUGGGAGCGUCGAGGUUUGGGAGACGGCGUUUGCGGACGAGUUCGUACGUCCUGUGACGCAAGACACGCGUCCGCAGUCCGUCUUGGCGGCACUGACUCGUGACAAGGGAACGGAAGAGAGCUCCGCCGGAAUCCGCUCCAGGGCUCUCAAGAUGGAGAUUGAGGAGACGGAAUUCGCGAUGACGAAUGAGUACCGCGCGGAGUGGCGGCCGCGGCUGCUGCGGACACGUGGCCGCCCAUCAUUCUCUCACUUCCAAGCCACGUUCCUCUUGGACGCGAAGAACAACGACCGGUACCCCUUUCUGCGGGCGUUCCUGGAGCAGGAAGACCAGUUGGAGCUGGUUAAGGAGCUGUUUCCGCUGGUCGAGUGGAGUAACCAGGUGUUAACCCGGUUUGGGAACCAGGUGGACCGCCGGGAGGCGGAGCGGACGUCCGUGGAGCAGGCCUUGGAGCGUCUCGGACAAAGGCCUCUCCUCCGGUCCCAAUUUCAGCGCUUCACCGCUGCCUGGGACGCCCUCCGGUCCGAACCGCUGCGCUGGCAGUGUAAAGAUCUGCCCCCGCCUCCGCCCAUGGACCCCUCCCAGCCCCUGGCCUUCAGCUGCGUCGAAACGCGCGAGCCCGGCGUGUUCCUGUGCGCGAUGAUACACGCGCUCGCGCAGAGGCAGAACGCGCUCCUGGGCGCCGCGGCUGACGCGGCCGCGCGGGGGUGCGCGGCGCUUCGGGACCUGCAGUAUGGAACAGGGGCGGAGCGCGCGGGCAAGCUGCCGGAGGUGGCGCUGCAAGACGUGCAGCCCCACCAAGUGAUCAAUUACGUGCGAGACGAGUCGCUGUACGAGCGGCACAGCUGCUGCCAUCCCGACUUCGGGCGGGGCCAGGAAGUGCUGUACGACUUCGGCGGUAUCGAGGCAGAGCUCGCGGGAGCGCUGGUCGCCGGAAAGGCGCUCCUCCAAACGGACAACAUCCGUGAGUUCCCCUACCGCCUCGAGCUCUUCCGCCACGUGUCAGCCACUUUGCUGUCCGACGUCGCCCAGAAGAUCCCCCAGGAGACCUUCUCACCGGAACGCGCGCGAGCGUUCCGUGCGCUCGCGGCCGCGCGGCGCGACACCGCGGCCCUUCUCGGGGCCUUCGGCGUGGCCCUCUCAAUGCUCAAGAAGACCGGCGGCGAUCCGAACCAAAGCCUCGUCGAAUACGCGCAGCAGUGGCUCCCCGACUACGCCAUUCGACACUUCGAAGAGCCCUUCCUCGGGGGCUUCCAGCUCCGCCACGUGGCGGCCCUCUACGAGACCCUAGAGGAGUGCGUCGCGGACGUCAUCCUGGCGUCUUCGGACGGCCUCGACGCGGCCGCGUACCGCGCGCCGCUCCCACCGGACGUCCGCCGGGAGCUGCUGGCGUCGACGGACCUGCACGGGGGCCCGCUCUCGGCCGACGUCUUCGCGCACGCGCUCAAGCGCUUCGCGGUGCGCUUCCUGACGUCCGAGCGCUGCGGGCCGGACGUCCAAGCGAGCCUGUACCUUGCGGACGCCGACUUUAUGACGUGGCCGGACGGGGCGGUCACAGUUCCGGACGUGAGCCUGGAGGACGCGUUCCCCGAGCGGCUGCUGGUGGAACACGUGGCGCAAGCGUACGAAGUGCUGCAGGAACACAUCAGCUUGGCCAAGCAAGGCCGAACGAUGCCGUUGGACGAGGAACUGGUGUCCGAAAGCAAUUCCGUAGCAAAACUGGCGGAUCAGCCCUCCACAUCGAAAGAGUCUCAAAGCAAGACUGGAUGGUUGGGGAUAUUCGAGCGUUUGUACGGGUAGUCGAGACAUGAAUAGGGAUAUGUAGCUUAAAUAGUGGUGCCUUCUGCUAGCUGCUCGUGGUGGGGUUUAAGGAUAUCGGACAGGCUAUACUCGAAGUUAGUCGGUUCGUCGGCUAAGUCAGUCAGUCAGUCAGUCAGUCAGCUUCGUCAAUAAUGAUUGAUCAAAUAUACGCGCACAGGACUCUUUGCUGCGCACAUUGCAAGGCUGUAUAUACAUAAUCUGCAAAGCCGGCUAUAGCUUUAAGCAAGUUGCAGAAUGCAACUUAACAAUUGCGAGGCCGAUGCGAGCUUAGAGAUCCAACGGUCACUGAUACUUACAUCACAUGGUCUCUGAUUCUGAAGAACAUGUGCAUUAGGUAGUACGUUCACGAAACCUGCUAGUACAGUGCAGAUUAUCCUGACAAGCUCCAACCUGGGCGCGGGCCGCAUGUACAUACAGCUGCUUGAUAAGAAUUGGCCCC